AUGGCCUGCCCCCUUCAGUCCACUCGCGCCUGCAAUAUGGCACCUCCACAGAAGGACACCAACCCGAUCGUUCGUCCAGAAAUUGACUGGAUCCCCUCUUACAAAGUCUUCAAGGAACGUGUACAACGCCUGGCAGCACUGAACCUCAACCGUCCCACCACCCUUCCUGCUGGAUGGCCUGCAAAGAUCACAUCUGAACGUGUCUGGUCCGGGUCUGACUUCAAGUCGGAGGAUGACUACGUGGUCAAGCUCAGCCAAGAAGACAUUCUGGAGAUUGAAAGCGCACUGGGGUUUUUUAAGACUCUCGACCUUGGCCCUGACGAUGUUUCCAAGAACAACUUCCCCCUUCUCAACCUAGGCCCCAAGCUCGAAGAAGUCUCCGACAUCAUCCAUAACGGCCGCGGCUUCGUCGUCCUCCGCGGUCUCAACCCAGACAAGUACUCGAGCACGGACAACAUUCUGCUCUACCUCGGCGUCACCAGCUACAUUGCCGAAACCCGCGGGAUGCAGGACUUUGAUGGGCGCAUGAUCCUCCACAUCCAAGCCGUCCGCAAAGAAAGCGACGUCGCCCAACACGGCAGCAUGCCCAACUCGCCCUACGUCAACCGCGCGCAGCCCUUCCACACCGACCUCUGCGACGUCCUGUCGCUCUACGCUCUGGGCGUGGCCAAGUAUGGCGGUGAAUCAUUUCUAGCCUCAUCAGCCACCAUCUACAACGAGAUUGCGCGCCUGCGACCGGACGUAAUCCAUGUUUUGGCUCGGGACGAUUGGCCGUUUGACGAGUUUUACAAGAACCAGUAUCACAUGCGGCCGCUUCUCUAUAACUUUUCCAGCGUCGAUGGAAGAAAGGAACAUGAACAUGGCCCAGGCUUCCAGUUCUCCCGCCGCCCGCUCACAGGCGCACACUUUUCGCCUCAUCACCCCCUGGUUCCGGCCAUGAGCGAGGUCCAAGCCGAGGCGCUCGACAUGGUGUAUUUCCUGGCCAAGGAACACGCACUCGCGAUCCAGCUGCAAAAGGGGGACAUGCAGAUCUUUAACAACUUUGCCAUGUUGCAUGCUAGAAGCAGCUUUGUGGAUGAAGGCGAACACCACAAGAGACAUAUGCUGAGGCUGUGGUUGAGGAACGAGCAAAAGAUGUGGAGGAGCGACUCGGAAGGGCUGGACAAGGUCGGGAGAGAGGUGUAUGAGUGGGAUAAGGAGGAGUGGAGGAGGGAGGUGGGGACCAAGUGGGAUAUUGAGCAGAGUCCGCCUGAGUUGAGGGUGGAUUUCAAGAGGGCUAGUUGUGCUUGA